AUAUAUAAACGAUACGUGCACUCAGUUCGAUGACUAAAAGAGAAUCGGAUGGUGUUAUAGUGCUUCACUGGGCUUACCACUUUGUUUGUUUCGUAAUUAAACAGGAAUUAUCUGAACAUUUAUGUACGUGCAACACUGCUGUAUCAAACGAAUCGAACGAAAAUGAACGUUUCAAACAUUGAUUUGCUCGAUCAGUUGAAACACACGGGGAAACUUUGGUAUCUCGUUAACCCUUAUGGAACAAUUUUCGAAUUCCCGCAUCAAGUACCCGAUUAUCAGCAGCAGGUAUGGUUACCAUUUUUGGUCCUUAUCAUAUUGGAGCAAAUUAUAUUAUUAUCUAAGAAAAAGAGAUUUCGUUUGAAUGAUCAAGUGACGUCCUUAUCCCACUGGAUAUUUUCUGAAACUAGCCGUAUUUUCUUCCGUGGUGCCGAGUAUUACGCGUACAUCGUAAUUUACGAGAGAUACCGCUGGUGGAAUUUGCCUUGGGACUCAACAUGGACUUGGUGUAUCACUGCCGUGGGGGUGGAUUUCUGUUACUAUUGGGUUCACCGCAGUAACCACGAGGUACACUUUUUAUGGGCUCAGCAUCAAGUGCAUCAUAGCAGCGAAGAGUUCAAUCUCGCGGUCGGUCUGCGGCAAUCUGUUUUGCAACACUGGUGUAACUUCAUGUUGUAUUUACCACUUGCACUAUUUAUACCGCCAUCGCAUUUCAUCGCGCACAAUCAGUUCAAUUUAAUUUAUCAACUAUGGAUUCAUACAACUGUCAUUGACGAUCUUGGACCGUUAGAAUUAAUAUUCAAUACGCCAAAACAUCAUCGUGUACAUCAUGGUUGCAAUUUAUAUUGCCUGGACAAAAACUACGGUGGUGUGCUGAUUAUAUGGGACAAGUUGUUUGGGACAUUUAUGAACGAAAAAGAGAAGGAAAAGAUCAUUUAUGGCUUAGUCGUUAGUCCUCAAUCUUUUAAUCCCUUAUAUUUACAGAUAUUUUACACUAUACAAUUAAUUCGAAAAAGUAUACAAAUGCCAACUUUCACAAACAAGUUAGCUGUUUUCUGGAAAGGUCCUAGCUGGUUUCCAGGUGGUCCCCGCUUAGGUCUAGAUGAAUAUAAAAUCAACGUUACAUCUAGGAUUAAAUAUGACAAUUACACGUCACUGUGGCAAAACCUUUACAUAAUUGUGCACUUUUGCCUAAUCCUUUAUCACCAUCUUCAAAUAUAUGACGAAACACAGGACUUGAGGACCUUAUCAUCAGGAUUUAUCCUUAUUAAUAAUUUGCUUGCUCUCACCGUCUUUGGUUUAUUAUUCGACAAGUCGACACAUGUUAGUAUCGUAGAAUUUGUUCGAUGCGUCGUUUAUUUAAUUUUCUCGACAAUAUAUAAUUCGAUAAAUUUGUGCAUGUAUUAUGGAUAUGUAAUUUCGUGCUGCAUUUGGAUAUUAUAUUUUCUUUUUACAAUAAAAUCAAAUUUUACAAAGUAAAGCAAGAAAGUAGCAGAGAAACGAAUGCAGUUUUAUAAAAUAUGACGAAAAUGUUUGUACUCGAGUACUUUGCCACAUUCACGUUUGUGUAAUAAAUAAUAUUCAACGUCGUUACUAUACAAACUUCAUCGACAAUAAACAUCUUGAAAUACAAAAAUUAAA